AUAUAUAUAUAUUUUUUUUUUAAAUAACAAAUAAUUAUUUUAACUGAGGCUAUAAAAGCUAGUUUUAUAUUUUCUAUUAGGCAAGUUUCCUCACUUAAACUUUGUUUGACUCGAAAAUGAAGACACUCUUUUUAAACUCGAUCAUUUAUAGAUGCAUCCUCUUUUGUUAUUUGACUUGCAUUUUACAAGUUGUUUAUUGCCAACAACAGCAGCUCCACACCAAGCAAGGAAAUGUCCCGUCGACAGGAAGGUUUAGGCAGAAAAUUCAGUGGCAGAGUAACGGCAGAGUCUUCCAUUUGCUAAGCCACGGAUCCGAAUACCAGCCAGCGAGAAGGAGAGAACCCAACGCCAAUCUUCCACCUCCAAACCCUAUUAUCAUACUAAGUAACACUAACCACACAGCGGGCACCGAGCACUCGAGAACCUCAAACAAUGCACGCAGGCGAAAUCAUUCUGGCAGAAGACCAGGAGCAGCAUACUGGUUCCAGGCUGGUUUCAAUGGUACUGGACAGGACAAUGGUACUGUAGAGACGAAUCCCACACCACUAAGCAAUCUAAGGCUAGAGGAUAGAAUGGUUGGGGAUGAUCCCUACAACCCUUACAAAUCUUCAGAUGACAAUCCUAACUAUAAUUACUACGAUAUAUAUGAAAGACCCCGACCAAGACAAAGACCAGGGUAUGGGACAGGGUAUCACCAGUAUGGUCUCCCAGAUUUGGUGCCAGACCCCUACUAUAUACAAGCCUCUACAUAUAUACAGAAAAUGUCAAUGUACAACCUGAGAUGUGCAGCAGAGGAAAAUUGCCUUUCAAGUUCAGCUUACUCUGUAAGAGACUAUGAUACUCGGGUGCUGUUGAGGUUUCCCCAGAGAGUGAAGAACCAAGGAACAGCAGACUUCAUGCCAAGUAGACCACGCUAUGCAUGGGAAUGGCACAGCUGUCAUCAACAUUACCACAGUAUGGAUGAAUUUAGCCACUAUGACUUCUUGGAAGCCAAUUCACAGAGAAGAGUAGCUGAAGGACAUAAAGCAAGUUUUUGCCUUGAAGACAGCUCAUGUGACUAUGGCUACCGUAGACGCUAUGCUUGCACAUCUCAUACACAGGGUUUGAGUCCAGGAUGUUAUGACACCUAUAAUGCUGACAUUGACUGCCAAUGGAUUGAUAUCACAGAUGUAAAGCCUGGCAACUAUAUACUUAAGGUUAGCGUGAAUCCCAGCUACCAGGUACCAGAAUCUGAUUAUUCAAAUAACGUUGUACGAUGUGACAUUCGCUACACAGGUCAUUACGCAUAUACAUCAGGAUGCAGACUUUCAGCGUACUAAUUUACUACAGAUGUGGAUCUGGGCCCAAAGAGUGAAAUGAAAAUCUAAACUGCCUUAAGAUAUUUUCAGAAUGCCAGGAUACGUACCUUCUUUAACUGCAUAAGGACUGCUUUUUGUAACAAAACACUAUAACGGGAUUUUAAGCUACUGCAGUAAAAUGAGUAUUUAUAGUUUAAACAGAUUAGACUUUAGGUAUUGUAGAGUUGGGUGAAAACACAAAGAAAAAAAAAAUCUGGACAUAAACAAAAUUUAGAAGACAAUACAGCAUUGGGAUAUUUGCAAAAUAAUGUUUUUUUUUUUUUUUUACAUGUUAAAGCAUUCAUUGUAAAACGUAAGUCUAAAUAACCAAAGCUGACCAAAGUGUACUCAGAUUUUAAAUUGACUAGCAUUUUUUUGUUACGCAGCACUGGCUCAAUUAAGAGUACAUACUUGACAUGCACAGAAUAAUGGUUAUUUAAAACAUACUAUUUGUGCAGUUUAAUGGGAUCAGAACACCACUUUAACAGACAUAAGACCACUUUCAUACUGCCUUUACUGAAGGUUUUUU